AAAACAGAUCCCAACAAAGAAAGCGCGUGUUUGGAAGAGCUGCUGGGAGGUAGGAUCCUGCCCCAAACUUUCGGUUGAGUUUCGUUUCGUUCCGAUUCGGAUUUUUCCCGAUCGCUUUUGGGAGCGGAGAACUCGGAGGUGUUGUUCCGAAGUUUCCCGGGGGACCAGCCUUUUUACACAAGCUGGCAGAAAAACUUCAAAUCCAGCAGAAGCGACACCAGUCCCAUUCAUGGGUCCAAGUAAAAGAGUGGAUUUGAAAAUCGUAAUCAUUGGAGCUUUGGGUGUAGGAAAAACCUCUCUUCUCCAUCAGUAUAUUCACAAGAGAUUUUAUGAAGACUAUCGCAGCACCCUGGGAGCUAGUGUUUUGUCCAAAGUUAUGGAAAUAGACCACACACCACUGAAAUUGCAGAUUUGGGACACUGGAGGCCAGGAACGAUUCCGGUCUAUUGUGUCCACUUUCUACAAAGGUUCGGAUGGUUGCAUGCUGGCUUUUGAUGUCACAGAUAUGGAUUCUUUCGAGACCUUGGAUGUUUGGAGGAAAGAUUUUCUUCAGAAAGUCAACUCUACAGAGCAAGGCUUCCCAAUGGUUGUGCUGGGGAACAAAAUUGAUCUGAAAGAUCGACAAGUGUCCAAAGAGGUGGCUUUGUCCUGGUGCAAGGAGAAGGAUAUAGCAUAUUUUGAAGUUAGUGCUAAAAAUGAUAUUAAUGUGGUGCAAGCUUUUGAGAUCCUGACAAGGCAAGCACUAUCAAGAUAUCAAGGGGUGAUUGAGAACUACCUAACCGAAUCUAUAAAGCUCAGUCCGGAAGAUCAGCCCACAACCAAAUGUUGCUGACAUCCCAUUUGGAAUGAUUGACAUUUGGAUACAGUCUGAAAGUUGGCACAUGGAACAGCUGCUGCUCCUGGGGAAUGCUGCCCAUCAGGGUAAAAGAUGAACUGAUAUAACAAUAUUGCCCUCUGGCAUCCCAGCAAAGAUGAAACAGACUGCUUAACACAGAGACAUUUAGGAAUCAGCAUCAAGUAUUGAGAAAAUAGUUACCAAGCUGAAAGAUUUAUGACCGUACUGUAUCAGUCAGACCUUUCUCAGAUGCCACUUUGAAGUUCAGAUUUAUGUUCCAGUACACUCCAUGGAAUGACCUGAUCUCAUAUUGAAAUUGACUCCUAGAUUUUGUCAUGUUCUUUUGGUAAAACCAUAGAAGAUAAUAUCUGGUCCAGUUUGAUGUUUUCUAGAUACAGCUUAAUUCCCAGAUGUGCUGAAGGUGCUAGAGUGAGUUGGGGAAAGCUGAUCUACAUAGUUCAGACUCAAGCUACUUAAAUUAUA